AUGCCUCCCAAGGCCAAAGGCGGCGAACAGCCGAAAAAGUCCAAGGCCUCGGUCGAGGACAAGACUUUUGGAAUGAAAAACAAGAAGGGCGGCACCGCAAAGAGACAGAUCGCUCAGCUACAGGCCCAAGCAAAGUCGAACAAGUCCCCUGAAGAGAAGAGAAAAGAAGCGGAAAAAGAACAGAGAAAGAAGGAGAAGGAAGCAGCCGAAAAGGCCAAAGCCGAGGCCGCUGAACUGUUCAAGCCCGUCCAGGUCCAGAAAGUCCCCUUUGGUGUGGACCCGAAGACGGUGCUGUGUCAGUUUUUCAAGCAGGGCCACUGUGACAAGGGAAAGAAAUGCAAAUUCAGCCAUGAUCUGGAAGUGGUAAAGAAAGUGGCCAAGAGAGAUCUGUAUCAAGAUACCCGAGAACAGGAGAAAGAGGAGAAAGAGAAAGACAACAUGGAGGAUUGGGAUGAAGAGAAGCUACGAAAGGUGGUGCUCAGUAAACAUGGAAACCCUCGGACGACUACGGAUAAAGUCUGCAAAUACUUCAUUCAAGCAGUAGAAGAUGGGAAAUAUGGCUGGUUUUGGACUUGUCCCAAUGGAGGGGACAAGUGCAUGUACAAGCACAGCUUGCCGCCCGGAUUUGUAUUAAAAACCAAGGAACAGCGGCGGGCCGAGAAGGCAUUGAUGGACAAAUCUCCAAUGAACACACUGACACUGGAGGAUUUCCUCGAAUCCGAACGACAUAAACUGACUGGUACCCUGACGCCCGUGACACCAGAGUCAUUCGCCAAAUGGAAGAAAGAACGAAUGGACAAGAAGGCUGCCGAAGCAGAAGCCAUGAAAGCGAAGGAUGCUACGGGUCGCGCCAUGUUUGAAAGUGGAAACUGGAAAGACUCGGAAGACGAAGAUAGUGACGACGACGAUGAGGACGACGACGAUAGUGGUGACGGCGCAUGGAACCUUGAGGCUAUGCGCAAAGAAACUGAAAGACUCCGGAUGCUCAAAGAAGAGGAGCGAUUAGCCAAAACGAACGGUGAACCUAUAUCAGAUCGAAACGAUGAUACCGAGAGCAACGCGGCAGAGAGUCAAGAAGGGGGUAACGACGAUGAUGACGAUGGCGGAAGUGCUAACGAUGAUGAGAGCCAAAGGGAUCUUCCCGAGACGAAUGGGGAGAGCAGCGGCACAAAAGGUUGA